GCUUCUAUCUACCAGUUAAAAUCAGUAUGAGUGAUAGUUGGAUUAGUUACCACUAAUCAGUUCUUAUGUUUACGGUGUUCUAGUUCAAUAUUAUAAAUGCUAAAAUUUUUUAUUGUUAUUUAAAGUCUUAGAAGUCAUGCAAACUAUUUUCUAUUUUAAAAUAGAAUUCAUCUCUACUACUAGAAUAUGGAAAGUUCUUUAUUUUUGUUAUACAGUGAGUAUAAUUAAACAUUUUCUUAUUGACGAGGUUUCGGCACAUGGAAGACUAAUCGAACCACCAUCCAGGGCUUCAAUGUGGAGGUAUGGAUUCCAGACUCCACAGGACUAUAAUGAUCAUGAAUCAUACUGUGGUGGUUUUACAAGACAGUGGCAAUGGAACAGUGGGAAAUGUGGAAUUUGUGGCGAUGCAUGGGAUCUAAAGCCCCCGCGACCACAUGAAAUGGGAGGUAAAUACGGUAAUAAUAUAAUUGUUCGUCGAUACCGUAUCGGUGCUAUAAUACCAGUGAAAAUUCAACUGACCGCCAAUCAUCGUGGCUAUUUCGAAUUUCGUACAUGUCCGAUAGAAAGUAACGGCCAAGAUGUUACACAAGACUGCCUUAAUAAAUAUUUACUAACAGAUAAAAAUGGUACCGUUCGCUACUAUCCUGAAGAAGGCAACCGAAUUUUUAUAUCCUAUUAUAAACUUCCAGUUGAUUUGAAAUGCAAACAAUGCGUUUUUCAAUGGCGAUAUAUUGCUGGAAAUAAUUGGGGAAAUUGCGACAAUGGAUCAGGUGCCGUGGGAUGUGGUCCUCAAGAAGAAUUCCGAGCAUGUGCAGAUAUAGCAAUUGAUAAUGAUGAAUUCCAAAUAUCAACUUAUUCUGUCAAAAUACCAACAACAUCGUCCAAUUUAGAUUUACCAUUUUCCACCGAAUCUGACGAUUAUUGGCUGUUUAAUUUUGUUAUGGCCGGUACAUCCCUCUUGGUUGCCCUAACUCUCAUGGCAUUUCUUUACAUGUACUAUAAUACUGACCAAGUAAAAACGUGGCUCAGAACCAAAAGACUUAUAAAUAAACAACAGUUACCAUUGGCUACACCGCAGUACAAAAAUACACCUUAAGCAGUAAUCAAAUGCAAAUUAAUUUAAUAAAACAUUUUAAUCUAUUUUAAAAAAAAAGUGUGUGUGCAUAUCAUAUAAGAAAACACAUUUUAUUAUUCACAUAAAAUUAUACAUAACAUUAUAUAAUCAUGUACAUAGAUAUACACGCAUAUUGUUUAGAAAAUAUAAACAAAUAAUAUGUAUAGAUAUAUUUGA